GUACAAUCUGAUGGACACAAAUGAGCGCCUGAAUAAUAUCUAGCUAAUUUACUACUUCAUAAUAUUACACUAAUGUUUAAUCCUUAUUUUAUCUUUGUAAAGUUAUGUCUCUGCUCAGUUUUUAUUCUGUGUCUGGAGAUAAUUGUAGUGAUGUCAUCAGCACUCCUUUUGUUGUUGUCAGGAGAGAAGAAAUCAAAGAGAGGCUGCGGGAGAAGUUGGAGCUGGAGAAGAGAGCCCUGCAGGUGGUUGAGCGUCUUCUGGAGGAUUGUGUAGCUGAGGAUUUUCUGGUUGACUGUGCCAGAUUCAUCACUUCUGAAAAUUACAAAGAUGCUAUUGAGGAGAGAUGCAUUGCUAAACUGUGUGGUUAUCCUACAUGUCCAAAUAAAUUGGGCAAGAUCUCAACUCAGCAGUACAAAAUUUGUACUAGGACCAAUAAGGUGUAUGACAUCACAGAGCGCAAGUGUUUUUGCAGUAACUUCUGCUACAAAGCUUCCAAAGAAUUUGAGCUACAAAUAUCAAAGACUCCACUUUGGCUCAGACCGCAUGAGAGUCCUGCAGAAAUUAAAUUGAUGAAGAAAGGAGAUGGUGGGAGCUCUGGUGAGGAGGUGAGGCUGUCAGAGAGGCGUCUCCAAGAGCAGGACAUCGAGAACCCGCUGGCUGCUCAAAUCGAGGGGACCCACAGCUCUGAGAAGCAUUCUGCUGCAGCCGGCCUCAGCCACAACGACAACAGCGAUGGCGAACAGGAGCAGGACUUUGUCUCCAGCGUGGUCUCCCAGCGACAGGGACCCAGGGUGCACUGGGGUGACCUGCCGAAACGCACUGAUGAAGAUGAGAAAGGAGAACAAGAGAAAAUGGAGAGAAGAAAGAUAGAGAAUGGAGAGGGAGAUAAAGAGGAGAUGCCACCUCAUGAUAGUCAGAACCAAGAGAAGGAGGGAAAAAUGAGAGUGGAUGAAAAUAGAAAGGAAUCUUUUGCAUGUGAAACCGAAAAACCCAAACAGCUGCACACAGUCAAUGGCAACCAGAAACCCAAAGCGGAGAGAGGCUGUGUUGAAGAGGCUACAGCUAAGAUGGAUUUGUGUAGUUUAUCCGAGCCAGUUACUCACACCACACCCCCGCCUGUGGACUCAACACCAUCACAGGCGGACCACAAAACUCCACUCACUUCUCCUCCAUUUAUGGAGUCAAAACCCGCAACAGAAACCAGACCCCAGGCAGAUCUCCCUUCCUCAGCUCUGAAUCCAAGCCUCAACAUUACCCAGGUAGGUAUGAGCAGGAGAGGUGCGGCAGGACUUCGGGAUCUACUCAAGAGCCACUCCACUGAAGAAAACUCCAACUCCAUCCGGCUGAAUCUUCUCAAGUGCUUGAGAAGGACGUUGAAGGAAUGGAGCACAGAUGAGACCCUGAGGUUCCUAUACGGCACUGAUCAUUCACUAGGUUCUCCCUUUGCUGAUGUGAAAGAAGAAAAGAAAGAGGAAGAUGAGGAGCUCGACGAAGAUGACCUUGAGGAUGAAGUGAGCGAGGAGGACGGAGGAGGGAUUGACGUCGGGGUGCAAAAGAGACCUUCAGCCGUAGCUCCAGACUUCAAGACACUGAAGAAGGAAACCCAGCAGCUUGAGCUCAGAGUUAAAGAGUUUUACAAGGGGACCUGGAUUGUGCCCGAGGAGGAAGAAGAGCCAAAAGGAAACAAAGUGACAGUCCAGGACCAGAGGACGAAGGAUCCAGUUCUGCCGCUUGUUGACUCUCAAGCUCAGCACCUCAUCCAGAAACGAAUCACAGUGGAGAAGCUCACUAGCUGUCUCAGAAACAUUGUGGGUCCACUGCGGCUCACCAUGAGUGAUGUCACCACCGAUCUGAACAACCUGGUCAGGACAUUCAGCUUCACUAACACAAACAUCAUCCACAAAACUCCUGAGUGGACCCUGAUUGCUGUUAUGCUGCUCUAUCUGUUGUCAGAUGUGUGUCCAGUGGUUCGAGAGGCCUUGGAGACGACGGCAUCAGUCGUGUAUUUAAACACGCUGUUUGAGGAGCUCGGUCUACAGGAGCAGGACCUUUUGAACUUAGUCGAGCAGUUUAAAACCCCAGCCCACUAACACGAACUGCACACUGUCAGGCAUGGA